AUGGGCUCUCGCUUCUCCAAGAAGUCGAAAAUAGAGCCCGAAUCAAGGACUGCUCCUCGAUUCAACUCUCUUAGACAGUUGGAAACUGAAAAGUCUGAAGACUAUCAUAAUGUACAUCCCAACACAGCUCGAGUAAGGUCCAAAUCCAACGGCUGGAUUGAUGAGCAUGAACAGCCAAGCACAUCUGGCAAAACAUCGGUGCACACAUCAUCAUUUUCAUCAGCAUCUUCAUUUUCAACAGCUUCCUCUCAAUCAUCAUCAAAUGAAAGGAAUUUAACUGACAAGGUAGAGAAAGGUUCCUCCUCUGCUUGGUCAACACCACACACCCAAUCACUUCCUCAAAACAUUGACACUAUUAAUAGAAACCUUCAGUUCGACUCUUCCCGCAAAAGAAAACAUUCUUCCUCACCAGCCAUCCAUUCCGUUCAAACACAACAACAAACAAUUCCAGUUCCUUCAAGCCAAUCCGAUGUAGGUGUUCCUGCAAGAUGUUCAAAACCGUCCCAAACCAAAGCAAACCCAACUGUGGUCUGUGCGGACCAAGUUGAAACAAGUUGCAACAGCAAGUGUGCUACAUGCGCUCAGUUUGAGCAACCAAAGGGAGAUGUUCCAACUCUCCGAGACGAUGUAGAGCUGGUAUAUCUGAAUUCACAGCCUCGCACAUCGAAAGGAUCGACAACAAGCGAAGGGCACGCAGAAACAAUUUUAAAAGCUAAGAAGUCACAAGAGACGUCAGGCAAUAUAGCUCUCGAGAAAACUCCAAGUUUGCAUCCAGGAAUUGACAAAACCUUACAACAAGAGCGUGAGAACGAAAGGGACAAGAGAAGAUUGGCAAGAAAGAGAGCUGGAAAGCAAAAUGAAGCAAUUUCUGUCCAUCAGCACCAAGGUGAGCAUUUUGAUGUCUCAUCCCUCUUUAGUAGCAACUUCAACUUCAACAACACCCUCUCGACCAAUACUCCACCAAGUCAUUAUUCAAGUUCCAACUCUAAGAGAGAUCAAAUGACAACCAAAACCUCAAUCAGCAAUAACGCCCUUCAGUAUCAAAAAAACUGGUUCGACUCCAUCUUCUGUAGAGCAGAGAAUGCUCAUGAGACCUCCAAUGAUGGCGACUCUUCUAGCCAAGGAUGGGACAAUCAGUCCUCCUCCUAUUCAAACAGCUCAACAAAUUCAACUAAAAGAAAACACAAAGAUAUUGAAAAGAGAAGAGUUUCUUUUAGCACUCAGACCAUAAUAACCUGUGUGGAAAGCGAUGAAACUUCCAGCAUUUCGUCCCACUCGAGCAGUACUGCUUCCAAAACAAGCCGUUCCCAAUCAUCGAGCGAAUCGAAUGGAGUUCCUCUCAUUGCCGUUAGUAGAGCUGAGCAUUGUCGCGAUCCUCCAACAUCUCGAUCCAUCAAUGAAGAACGGAGAAAGAGGGUUCAAGAAAAACUUAAGCAAAGAACAUCCAUUUCAGCACACUCUCAACAUUUUGAAAAUGCCCACCCUCGAUUUCACAAAACCAGUCCAAACACCAACUACCACCAACACCCCCAUCAACGAACGAAGAAAUUUCCUAAUUCAUCAUUAAUGUCCCCUUCGUCAACAACGAGGCACACAUUGUCUGUGGCUUUGACCUCCUCCACAGUUGCUCGUUUGCAUACCCGAGAGACCACCCGUUUCGUUCAUCGGUAA